UUCCCCCCCCCUUUGUCCCCCACCCCCGGCCAGGGGCGGCCCGCCCCGGAAGGGCGAAAAUGGCGGUGAAUCAGCACCACGAGGACAGCCAAAACGCCGUCAUCAUCCCGCAUGGAGAAAGUGUUCUGAUGCGCACUGAGGAUGUAGAGCUGUCCUUCUCCAACCUGUCUGUCCCCAACAAUCUCUUCAAGGGCUCCAGGAAGGGAGUGCUGUACCUCACUCAGUACCGGGUGAUCUUUGUUGCCUCACGCCCCGGCAAGGAUACACUCAAGUCCUUCAUGAUGCCCUUCAAUCUCAUGAAGGACUAUUCGAUAGAGCAGCCCACCUUUGGCGCCAACUACAUAAAAGGGAUCAUCUCUGCUGCCCCCAAUGGGGGCUGGGAAGGACAGGCCAACUUCAAACUGAUCUUCAGGAGCGGAGGGGCCAUGGAGUUUGGCCGGCUGAUGAUGAAAUGCGCCUCCAACGCCUCCCGAGGGCUCCCGCCUCCGGUGACCUUCUUUGGCUUCAGCCCCCACUCUGCCCUGAUGAUCACUAUGUACUCCCGAGGGGCCCCACCGGGCCCCACCCAGGUCAUCUACAUGGUACCGGCCAGCUCAGCCCAGAUGUCGUCCUCCUCAGGGUAUCCGUUCCCUUCCACCUCAGCCCCUGGAUACGGACCCCCUCCCCCUGGAUAUUCACUCCCUCCCCCUGGAUACGGACCCCUUCCCCUCAGAUAUGGACCUCCUCCCCCUGGAUAUGGACCUCCUCCCCCUGGAUAUGGACCUCCUCCCCCUGGAUACGGACCUCCUCCCCCUGGAUAUGGACCUCCCCCUGGAUACGGACCUCCUCCCCCUGGAUAUGGACCUCCUCCUCCUGGAUAUGGACCCCCUCCUCCUGUAUACAGACCGGCUCUUCCUCCCUCAGCCACAAUCACUGAGCUUCCUGACUCCCCAGCCCCUGCAAGCCAAUCAGAACCCAAAAAAAAAGAAGAGGACACUAAAGAAACCAAGAAGUAAGGAGAGCGGUACAGCUGCCAUCUUCUAAGGAGAGCCCUUCCCCAGUCCCUGCGAAUAUGCCCUGAACAGGUUCCUAGGAGAGGCUGGGAGAUCUUCUGAUUGAGGUGGGCCUCAGUCUACACGGCUCAGCCCAUGUUGGAGGAGAGCCUGGUUCGGCACUUUGAGUCACUUCUGAGCGAAGUUAAGGCCCAGGUGAAGGAGCAAACACUUCAGACAAAGAUCAGACCGAACAAGGCCUUCUCGGGGAGAAGCGGCAGCUUCGGGGAGGGGCGCUCUGGCCGCAGAGAAGAGAGCCGACCAGGACCGGAACAGAGAGCCAGCUCCGGCAGUCAAGACCGGCACUCUCUUAGGCCCCAGUGGGGAAGGGCUCCAAGGGGCGCACACGAUCCCUACACGCAGCCUACCUUCCUGGCCACUUCCUGAGGAGGACACGGAGAAGGGGCGUCCCACACCUUUCCUGUUUCACCCAGAGACGGCUGCCCACCCUCCCGGCCCCUCCUCUCCCGGAGGUCUCUCCCAGCACCGGGAGCAUGGGGCGAGGCAGCCGGGGGCCAGCAGGUCCCAGCUUAGCCAUCACACUUGGGGAGGAAGCUCCGG